AACGGGUGGCCGGAGAAGCGCAUCCUGCGAUUUCUUGUCUCCGAUCUCAAUCAUCCGACCCGCACGGAUUGAGGUUGGAGAUGGCCCAGUCCGGAACGUGAAGAUCCUGUCGUGUGGUGCUAGACAAAGCCGAUUGGCUCUCAAGGUUUAUAGCAUCGAGUGAUCGGCACGGUUGGAUCAGCUCGCAGCUUUGGUUCUAAAGAUUGCUCACAGGGGGUGUCUUUGUGUGUACUAAGCGAUAACCUGUACGGUAGAGCCGAUAACAUCUAGCAGCGCGUGUGUGUAUUUUUACGAGUGAUUGUGUGAACGAGCGGCGGCAAUUAUAUGUGCUACAGUGGAGGUGCCCGAAAGUCCGCAAUAAAGGGCUACAGUGAGUUGCACAAAUCUGUGCAUAAAGAAUGUACCAAGACCGCACUGGUGGUGUUGCCGUAGUUUUUGGUCCGUGAGUGUACAAAGUACCGGUCAGGUGAAAGCAAAAGCUGCGGGUACCGAGGUGCGUAAAGAGUGGGUCGCAACACCGUGUAGCCGAGUCCUUUCUAAACCGUAGAAUCACCCACCGAAAGUUCCAGCGCGUGUUGUACCAAGUGCGCGAGUGAGUAUUGCAUUCAGCGGUGCGCAUCAUGGUGGUGUGAGAAAUUGGUUGGCGGUAAAAAGAUGAUGGGUUGAAGAGUGUGCUAAAAGACAGUCAGCCUUUUCUACGUUUACUCCAACCAAACCAAUACAAUCUGCACGAUCGAAUGUGGGUUGUGCCAAUUCACCAUACACACCAUUGCUAGUGCCCUCCCGAUUGUUCGUUUCUUCACAUCGGGUCGAUCGCCGCCAGCAAGAUGCCAACGAUCAUAUCAAAGUUCGCCAAGCGAUCGUUCGACACGCUCGAGGGGCUCGGCUACUCGCGAGAACUCGUGUCCAAGGGUCUGAUAACAGGGGCGGUCGCGCUGUACUGUCUGCGCCUUACCUAUCCGGUGGUGCGUGACAAAUUGGCCAACGGUAAAGGCUCCACCGACGCCCGGGCCGACGCGGGCCACCAUCGCAAUGAGAACAAUAACCUCACCAAACAGCCACCGGACGAUCCGGAGGCAAAGAAGGAACAGAUCAUCAUCGCCAAGCGGAAUCGGAAACGGCAGGCUGGCCGCCAGCCCGGACUUAACCUGGACUUCCUGUUGCAGCUGCGCCAGCUCGUGGGCAUCAUGGUACCGCGGGUACUGUGCGAAGAGUCCGGCCUGCUGGCCGUCCACACGCUCUGCCUGGUGUCACGUACCUUUCUCAGCAUUUACGUCGCCUCGAUGGAGGGUGCAAUCGUCAAGUUCAUCGUGCGGAAGGACGUGCGUAACUUUGUGCUGAUGCUGCUGAAAUGGUUCGGUAUCGCUAUACCGGCCACCUUCAUCAACUCGAUGAUACGCUACCUGGAGAACAAGCUCGCGCUCGCCUUCCGUACACGGCUAGUGAAACAUGCGUACGGCAUGUACUUCAAAAACGAAACCUACUACAAAGUGUCGAACCUGGAUGGACGAAUCGAAAAUGCGGACCACCGGCUAACGGACGACAUCUCGACAUUCUCCAGCUCGGUGGCACACCUGUACAGCUCCCUUACCAAGCCAUGCUUUGAUUUGCUGCUAAUCGGCAUAGCAAUGGCCCGUUCGUCCCGCCGAAUGAAGGCAAACAUUGUGAUGGGUCCAGCGCUGGCAACGAUCGUCAUCGGUACGACUGCUCACAUCCUGCGGAUAGUGUCGCCCAAGUUCGGACAACUCGUUGCGGAGGAGGCCAACCGGACCGGCUAUCUACGUCACGUGCACUCGAAGAUUAUUACCAAUGCGGAGGAGAUUGCGUUCUACGGUGGUCAUAAGGUGGAACACUCACAACUCCAGGAAGCGUACUCUCGGCUAGUGAGUCAGAUGAACUCGAUAUUCACGCAGAAGCUGUGGUUCAUUAUGUUGGAGCAGUUCUUCAUGAAGUACGUGUGGUCCGGUACGGGUAUGGUGAUGGUGUCGCUACCGAUUCUGACCGUCGGUGCAGCGGCCAUGCCGGUCAGUCCCGAGCACAGCAACUUGAUCAAAUCGGACGAACAGGGCGUGAGUGAACGCACACAGUACUUUACCACCGCACGUAAUCUGCUGCUGAGCGGUGCGGACGCCAUCGAGCGGUUGAUGUCUUCGUACAAAGAAAUUGUAGCACUGGCUGGCUACACGAGCCGUGUCGCCGGUAUGUUCGAGGUGUUCGAUGAGGUGAACCGUGGUAUCUAUCGUAAAACGACGCUCUACACCGAGGAGCGCAACUUGAACGGCAUACUGGAGUUCCGCGAUGGACAACCGGUCGCCAAGGGUGAGAUAGUGUUUUCCGUUGACGCCAACGAUACUAGCAUCUCGCUGGAGAAUGUACCGGUGGUGACGCCCAACUGUGACAUCGUUGUGCCAAGCAUUAGCCUUACGAUCGAGGCCGGUAUGCAUCUGCUCAUCACCGGUCCGAACGGAUGCGGCAAGUCGAGCCUGUUCCGCAUCCUGAGCGGCCUGUGGCCAAUCUAUGGUGGAACGUUGCGCAUCCCGAAGUCAUUCGGUGGAAGGCCCAGCAUGUUCUACAUUCCCCAACGUCCGUACAUGUCAUGUGGUACGCUGCUGGAUCAGGUGAUCUAUCCGGAUACGCGCAAGGACAUGGAGGCGAAGAAGAUCAGCGAGGCACAGCUGCGGGAAAUAAUGCGCAUGGUGUCUCUCGAGCACAUUCUGGAUAGGGAUAGUUUCGACGAAAUUCGGGACUGGAAGGAUACACUCUCUGGAGGCGAAAAGCAACGAAUGGCCAUUGCACGACUAUUUUAUCAUAGACCAAAAUACGCCCUGCUAGACGAGUGUACGAGUGCCGUGUCGAUUGACGUCGAGAGCUGUAUCUACGAAACGGCUAAAUCGAUGGAUAUCACGCUUUUAACCAUUACCCAUCGUCCAACAUUGUGGAAAUUCCAUACACACAUCCUACAAUUCGAUGGACAGGGGGGAUGGGUGUUUGAGAAGCUCGAGGAAGGUGCCCAGCAAAAAGUUCCUACGGUGAAAGCCAACGCUUCGGCACCCAGCAGUUAAAGGAUCUUGUACCAAACGGAGAAACGGCGGGAAAUUGUACAGACAGCAAUGGGCCGACAAAUCAAGCGAUACACAAACGAACGAUGAGAUUAUUUUAAAGUAUUGCUAUUAAUAUGUUUCUAUUUCGUUCGGUUGUAAAAUAAUACAAACAAGCAUUAAGCCAAAAAUGAGUUAAAAAAAAAGCAAACAAACACAAAAAACUUGCGGACCCCUGUUCGCGGUUGAAUGGUGUGUGAUUAAAGAGAUAAAUGGAAUAUGUUUUAGCAGUAAGAGAACUUUACACGUUUCAAGUUCGCUGGGCGAGCCGCUGUUUGGCAGUGGCGUUUCAGUUUUAAGGGCAGGUUGGGUUGAUGUUUCGGCUUAGACAAGCUGCAAACAGCUGUAAACGAAACAUUUGUGAAUAGGUACAAUAGGAAUGU